AAAUCCGUAGCUGCAUAGUUGUAUAAAAUGACUGCAAUAAAGUCUGCAAGAGGAAAUACAGAAAUGGUCACUACCAGAAGAACAGAAUCACAUGAUGUUUCUGGUAUUAUAAGUCUCAUGCGAUAUUUUACUGAACAAACUUUUGGAAGGAUUAAUGUCAUCUAUCUUUUAGAAAAAGCUAACCUUGCAGUGACACUCAGCAAUGAGAAGAAUGAGGUUAUUGCCCAUGCUGCAUUUCUGGACUAUCCAAAUUGGAAUAUAGUUGAUCAAGCUGAUUGGGAAUCAUUUUUACAUGAAAACUACAGUAACGAAAAAUGCACACCUCUGAAUACACUGUUUAUGCAUCUUUUUGUGGCAAAUGAGGAAUAUGUAGUUGGAUGUGCCCAAGAAAUCAUUAGGACAGUUUUUAAUGCAGUACCAGCAGUGCACUUUAUUCUUCUUUUCAUACCAAGUCAUGUGGAUUUAGGUCCAGGCUUGGGAACAUUUUUUGAGCAGAUGAUCAGUGUUCCAGGUUCAAUCAUUGAUGUGGACUUUACAUUGUAUGUGUGUCACAGGCACCAACAUUGUCCCCAACUGUACAUUCGCAAAGCAAGGGUGGAAGACCAUGAUGAUCUCAUGCCUAUUUUCAUGCACCAGAACGAAAUUCUGAGAGAAACUUAUGGAGACUACUUCCUUGCAGAACUUAUAGAAGCUCAAGAUGAAGAAAAUCAUGCUGCUGUUUGUGAGGAUGAUGGCAUGGCAGUAGGGCUCAUGAGUGUUUGCGCUGAAGUGAAUAUACAGUUGCUUCAUGACUGUUUUGACCUGGGGCCUUUCCAUGGUCUCUGCAAACCACAUCCUGAUGAUAUUCUCAAGCCACCACAGGAGCCAAGUAUUCAAGCAGAUGAAGAAAAAAGCAGCCAAACAAGUCAAGAGGCAGAAUCUGUUUUAUCUCAAAACUCUGACCGUAUUAGUUCACAAGAUAUGGAUAUACAGCUGGACACCAAAAAUGAAGAUGUCCUUCCCCAAGCUGCAGAUGAUGUCACCUCACAAUCUACAACAGGAAGUCUUCAGAAUAAUGUUUCAGAGAAGGAGGGUGUAAACACUGUUUCCAGUGCUGAAUUGCCAAUAGAUGAUCUCAUAGGCACAGAUUUGAAAGCCGCUGGGACACCUAGCUUAGAGGCUGAUGAGAGAGAUUCCUUUCAUCCUGUGUACAGAGGAGCUGUAACUGCUUUCUGUAUUCAGCUGUUCUGUAUUGAUGAGAAACAUGAAACAAGGUCACUGGAUUUCUUGCAGUAUGUUUUCAACCUCUUUCCAGACAAAGACUUUUGCAUCAUCACAGUGCCACACCUCGUGCCAGAAUUCCUUCUGAUCCAGAAUUUUGUUCGAGUUGAUCCAUUCAGCAAUUCCACUCUUGAUCAUGAGCUCUAUGUGUUUCACCGUGCAGGACUGCUCACGUAAAGAUUUUGCUAUAAGUAUAUUAACACAAAGGGGCAGUAGAGACCAUGGCU